AGCCCUUAGCAACCCGCCUGCUUACCGUCGCCCAGCGGCUGCCGCCCCCAUUGGCUACUGUUUUCCAAUCGUGCCCUGCCGGGGGUGGGUGCGGCCGGGGGAAGGGCCAAGGGGACCCAGGGUAUCCCCACGACGGCUGCAAGAGGACUAAGCAUGGAUGGCAGCCAGAGAGUCAGAGCAACCUCUGUCCUUCCCAGAUAUGGUCCACCACCAUACCUAUUUAAAGGUCACUUGAGCACCAAAAGUAACGCCUUUUGCACUGACUCCUCUUCUCUCAGACUAAGUACUCUUCAGCUGGUCAAGAAUCACAUGGCUGUUCACUAUAAUAAAAUCCUUUCAGCCAAAGCUGCAGUAGACUGCUCAAUUCCAAUAAGCGUGACAACCAGCGUCAAAUAUGCAGACCAACAACGAAGAGAGAAACUCAAAAAAGAAUUAGCACGAUAUGAAAAAGAGUUUAAAUUAACUAAAGCUGCAUUGCAGGCCAAUUCUAAAAAUAAUUCCAAGUCAUUUUUUAACACCAUAUCAAAGCCCUCAGGGGAACCGCAAGACCAGGAUGUGUUAAUAGAAGAAGUGAAUGGAUGUCCAUCCUUUGAACAGUCACUCGUACCUUCAGAGAGACUACACCUAAGUCUGCCUAAGUCUGAUAAAAUCCUCAUGAGUGGUGUUGAAAACUCCAGUUCCUCCCCAUCCAGCAUGGACUAUGUAGCCUCCAGCCCCAGGAAACCAUGCUCCGGAAACGUGCAUGGCAGAAGGCCCAGGAGCACGUUCCCAAAUUCUCACCGCUUUCAGUUAGUCAUUUCAAAGGCACCCAGUAGGGAUCUUUUGGAUAAACAUUCUGAACUCUUUUCUAACAAACAAUUGCCAUUCACGCCACGCACUUUAAAAACAGAAGCAAAAUCCUUCCUGUCACAGUAUCGAUAUUAUACACCUGCCAAAAGAAAAAAGAAUUUUACAGAACAGCGGAUGGAAGCUGAAACCCAGACUGAAUUGAGCAGCUUUAAUUCUGAUUUUGAUAUAAUUGAGACUAAGAACUUGGCAGAUUCAAAAGUGAACACAAAGCAGCCAUCUAAUUACAUGACAUAUGGCACCAAAGAAGAAAUAACCCCUUUACCCAUCCAAGGGCAUGACUUAAGAUGGCACAUGAUUAAAGAUGGUACUCUGCAACCUUCCUCACAAAGGACAGUGUGUCCGUAUGCUGUGCAGCUUCCUUCAGAAAAUAAAACCUACUCCAAUGAUGAAGAACUGUCAUAUCUGAGUUUCAUUGAAGAUGUAACCGAUGAAAUUUUGAAACUUGGUUUAUUUUCAAACAGGUUUUUAGAACGACUGUUUGAGCGACAUAUAGAGCAAAAUAAACAGCGCUUGGACGAGGGAAAAAUGCGCCAUCUGCUGAAUGGCCUGAAGGUAGAUUUGGGCUGCACGUCUGAAGAAAAUUCCGUAAAGCUAAAGAAGGUCAACAUGUUGAAUUUCCUCAGGACUGUGAAUUCAGAACAAGAUGAAUAUAAAAAUGAACACGUUACAGCAAUUCAACAGGAACACCAACAAUACCGAAAGGCUUUAGAUAUGUUAUCAUCUGCACCAAAGGAUGAAAAAGAGAUGUUCUCUCUAUCAAGUGAAUUUUUCUUACCCACCUGUAAAUCGAAGUAUUCAGAAGGGGUUUUAAUUCAGCAGGUGAAUGAUGAAACAAAUUUUAAACCUUCAAUUUGGGAUGAAAACAAUCCAAGUAUUUCGGACGAUUUAAUAAACCAAGAAACCUCUGUGUGUGUCAUUGAAGGUGAUAGUGACACCGAGAAGGUUGAUGCUUCAGAUGAAUUAUGUUGUCUUAGCACAUCACCCUCCCAACCUGUGCGGUUCUCUAGCGUCAAUGGUAACAGUAAUCAUGAGAAGGAGUUAUCGACCCUUAAAAUCAUGGAAAUGAGCAUUAAAGACUGCCCUUCGGAUGUUUGAUCUUCAUUAAUAAAUGCCCCACAUGGCCAGUAACUCAAUAUUACUUUUCUCUUUUUACUCUUUAUAUUUUAAGAUUCCUAUAUUAGCUUUCUAUUCUGCAUAAUAAAUUACUAUAAACUUAGCAACUUAAAACAGGUGUAGAGAAGUUAUAAAAGAGUGUGAACCCCAGAAGUUGGGAAUUAUUGGGUUCACUUGGGAAUCCACAGUCAGCCACUGUUUCUAAAGUUGCUUUUCAGAGGAACUUAAAAAAAAAUUUUUUUUUUUCAGCACAAACCAAAAGCAUUGACAGGUUUAUUUAGGAAGUAGAUACCCUUCAAGGGAGAAUGCAGUCCAUCUCAAGAGUGAGAAGGCCCGCCUUGGGCUGAGGGUCCAAUAUUUGUAGAAAGACCGUAUUAGGAGCCAGACUGGAGGUGGAGCCAGGGUGGAUCUGCAGUUUUCCCCUGCCCUUGUGUACUUCCCUCCUUUUAUAGGGCAUGGGCCAAGAUUUACAGCUGUGCUUUCCACAUUCAAAGGCUCAUAGGUGUUUCCUUUAAGACUCAGUAUCUCUCUUUUUAUCCUAAAUUCCUAUCUCAAUACCUUUGGAGAUAUGAAGGUUAAUCUUUAAUGGUGGAGGGACACCAGGCCCACCUCACUCCUGGGAAGGAGACUGCCACCACUGUGUUCAGGAUUCAGACUCAGAAACAACCUGCCAAGUACAAUACACUGGAGUAGCUCACAACCCACUUCCAUCUUAGUGUCUGAUGCCUUGCCCUAAGCUUGGCAAUGAAUGCAUGCUUUCAUGGAGAAAGGUAGCUCGAGCUUAAGGGGAAGUUUAUAUCCAGACCAGGUUAUAGGGAAACUAGACAGACAUUUCCUGUUCUCUUUACACUCAAAGUACAAAUUCCUAGUGUACAAAAGGAGAAUAUAGCAUAUUGCUAUAUUCUAAAUUGCUAAGUUAUAUGGAAGUUUCCUCAUUUGUUUACAUUUUAAAUGGUAUUAAGUUGAAAUUAACAUUUUCCUUCAAAGGCUUACUUUUAAAAGUCACAUUUUAAAAUCAAUGAGUAGGGCUGGGGAGAUAGCUCAGUCAGUAGAGUGCUUGCCUUGCAAGCACAAGGCCCUGGGUUCAAUCCCCAGCACCCAAAAAAAAAAUAAAAUCAAUGAGCAACAUUUAUGGGGCAAGAUAAAUUAUUUGUCAAGUGAAUAAAUUAACUACGUGGUUGCCAAUUAAUUACUUUAUCCUGGGCCUUGAUUAUAAAGAAUUUGGACUAGAGCCAAAGAUUUCACCUUAACAUGCCAAAGUUUAAACUUACUUUUUAAGGUCUAUAGAAAUUAAAAUCAAUAUACAUCUAAAAGUAGAAGUACCUAGUCACCCUUCAUGUGCUAAGAUAGUUUUGGAAAGCAAUACUGCUAAACCCAUUCACAGUUCAGUGAUAGAAGAUGCCACCCUAUCAAGUCACUUUCCCCAGACCUUUUAAAAGCAGUCAGAUGGAAGCAAUGACAAAUGGCAGUAUCCGGAAGGAGCAAAUCCACAAAUUUAAUUCAAAGGCCAGGAAAAGGUUACUUUUAGAUUGGGGUAGGAAAAAUUUAGCUUCAAGGCCAAUCUCGUUGCCUUGGGAAUUCUGGUUUUGAUGCAAAACGUCUAGCAGCCCUGGACCCGAAUCUUCCAUAAUUCACCUCAUCCCUUCAAGAUUCUUAAAUCAAGUUUCAGGUCUUUCUUGAAAAGGAGAAUAUGCAGUUGUAUUAUUUUCCUACUACUGCUUGCUAUAAAACAUUAUAACAACUUUUUGAAAACAUGUUUAUUAGACUUC